AUGGGUGACGCUGGACCAUCAACGCCUCUACCCGAGGAAGAGCUGGCAGGAAUAGCAGCAUCGAUACAAGAGUAUGACCACGACUCUACCAGAGACGUGCAUGUUCUAGUCACAGGUUUUGGACCCUUCAAGUCCUUCAGUACCAACCCUUCCUGGCUCAUUGCAUCUUCACUAUCCUCAGAGCUUGAUCCAUUACCUCCUUCCGACCAUGUCCCCGAACCUACACCACCGCCUCAGCAACUCGGACUGAUGCAGCGUAAUCCGCUCGCAGCACUUCUAGGUCGAAGAUCACAGCCUGAAGUCCAACCUGUACAGCAACCACUCCGUCCUCCGAACCGGAAGCCCUACCGCAUCCACGUCCAUGCCUAUCCUUCUGCAGUUCGUGUGGCCUACGAUCCUACAUCCGUCUUGAUACCUUCCUUGAUCAGCCCUCUCACUAAUGGUGGGGCAUUCCCUCCAUCUCCUUCACAGCAUCCUCCUCAUGGCAUAAACUUUGACUAUAUCCUACAUAUUGGCCUCGCCUCUGGCCGUGACAGCUACACCCUAGAAACUCAGGCUCACAGAGAUGGUUACGUAAUAUCCGAUGUCGAUGAUCAAACAGGCUAUCUGGCCGGUGAAAAGAUAUGGAAACAGACGAACAUUCCAACACAACUAGAUGUGGGCUGGGAGACAGGAGAUGUGCUCAGGCGCUGGAUCGCUGACUUCGACGAACAAUGGCGCAGACUUGAAGAGGCAGCAGAAGACACCGCAGAUGGGCAACAAGCGCAGAGCGCACCAGGACAAGAAAACAACGCGAAAGACGCAGACAUGAAAGCCGACCACAGAAAUCUUGAGGCUAUAUUCGGCGUACACCCUCAGGACCCAAGCACAGACACAAACACAAAUACAACCCCAACCAUGACCCUUCCACGCAAACCAGUCGUCAAGCUCUCCCGCGACGCAGGCCGCUUCCUCUGCGAAUUUAUACUCAUGUGCAGCCUCGUCUACCGAUACCGAGAAGCACAAAACUACAAGCAAAUACGCGAGAGGAACGAGCAGCAGCAGCAGAACACCGCCCCAAUCACAAAAGACACCUCCUCAACACAACCUGGAUCAACGUCCAUACCUACAAGACACGAUAGAUCCCACGACGAACAUGCUCCUACCGAGAAACUCGGCAAAGUCGCAUUCCUCCACGUCCCUAAUGGCAUCGAACCACAACAUGUCGCAAUCGGUCGUAUAAUCGCUGAGACUGCUAUUCGAGCUAUCGUCGCGAGUUGGGAGGAUGGGUACAGGAAUCCGGCGGUUUAUUCUGCUGUUAGUGUUGGCAUAGGUGGUGAGAAGGAGAACGUGGGAGCGGGUGUUGGUAUCGAUAUUGGUAAUGGUGAUGGUGAUAGUGGGUUUGAGAGUCGAGGGACUGGAGAUGUAGAGGGGGAAAGCAAGCAAGAAGUUUUUGGAUAG